AUGUCCCCAUAUCAGCGCCAACGCCAACAUCGACACCAAUUAUCUCUUGAGGGUAUUUUGGACUUUUCGCAGCCUUUUACGUUGCCGCCCCAUGAAAGCCAGGCUGCGCGAGCCAUAUUCCAGGAACUCAUCAAUAACUAUGACAGCGAACAGAGGCCGCCAAGAGGGUAUAAGCCUAUUGCACUUGUUCAAGCUACAUUUGAUCAUGUCGCAUCAAAAGAUACAUUUUUGAUGCUUUUCCUUUCAUUCUUAUAUGAAACAUUAUGUUCGAGGAGAGGUGACGGUGCUGAGUCUGAUAUUUCUCCUUACCUCGCGUAUUUUAGUGACCUGGCUUCAUGGAACUCCGCCAGGUUAAGCGAAGCCUACGGCGGUAUCGAAGCGUUCGCUGAGUUUAUAGUUGAGAACUUCUUACUUCCACGUAUGAGCCUCGUCGGUGAAGACCCCACAACCAACACCUCCAUCGUUAUCCUCAAUACAAACGCCUACGCCGACUGGGACAAGGGAGCGUAUAUCUAUACUGAGAGAACACUACGUGAAGCCCGUAAGCGUUUUGAUCAGUAUGGAGAAGAUAGCAAAGACGACGAUGGAAACCUCCUUCGAGAGGAAAUAAACGAGCGGUUCUCAUUCUUGGAGGUCGCGCAUAUCCUACCUCACUCUCUUGUAACGGUUGCUUCUGCGGACACGGAACUGAGCGAUUCAAAGAAAAACGCACUCCGAAUUCUGGAUAUGUUUGAUCCCGGCAUUAUUCAUCUUAUUGAGUACCCGAAAAUUGAUAGUCCGAUGAAUGCUUUGACAUUAACGCUGGACAAUCACCGUUUAUUCGGCGAGUUUCAGAUAUAUUUUGAACCGACCGGCAUGCCUCACGAAUAUAGAAUUGAUUCAACGGAGCGGAGCCCUUUUCUACGAGAUCCAAUUUUUCCCAUCACUCGCACACUGUCACUCAGCCCCAAUCGAACUAUUGAUCCCCCUUCUCCUCGGCUCCUCGGUGUCCACCGUGCUAUCUCGCGUAUCAUGAACCUUAGCGGCGCGGGUGAAUACAUAGACCGUAUACUUGAGGACUUGGAAAAAAUGAAUGUGAAAGAGGACGGGUCAACGAACUUGGGACAAAUAAUGAAACUGCGACUUGGUGGUUGGCCCCAUACAUUGACCGUGUUUUAG